AUGAGAGCUUGGUCCAACGGACUGUUGCUUCAAGCGGCCCCGAAGUCAUCACAGAGACCUCUUAAGUCGCCACAGAGACCUCAUAAGUCGCCACAGAGACCUCAUAAGUCACCACAGAGACCUCUUAAGUCACCACAGAGACCUCUUAAGUCACCACAGAGACGUCCUAAGUCGCCACAGAGACCUCAUAAGUCGCCACAGAGACCUCAUAAGUCACCACAGAGGCCUCUUAAGUCCCCACAGAGACCUCAUAAGUCACCACAGAGACCUCUUAAGUCACCACAGAGACCUCUUAAGUCACCACAGAGACCUCUUAAGUCGCCACAGAGACCUCAUAAGUCACCACAGAGACCUCAUAAGUCACCACAGAGACCUCAUAAGUCACCACAGAGACCUCUUAAGUCACCACAGAGACCUCUUAAGUCGCCACAGAGACCUCAUAAGUCACCACAGAGACCUCAUAAGUCACCCCAGAAACCCACCAACCAACGGACGCCACCUACUUCCAUGUUCUUGCUAAUCCCAGACAGUUGCUUCACGUUUAACAGUAACAGGGCAUCAUACAAUUAUUUAACAGAAAAUGUAACAUUACACCAGUGUUAA